UCUUCAUUCUCUAUCUGAGAUCAGAUCAGGGAGGGAGACGAAACAAUGACGUACAAUCGUAACGAAGAUGUUAGCGACGAGUUCGAUGAGUACGAUCCGACCCCGUAUGGUGGAGGCUACGACAUCACGGUCACCUAUGGCCGCCCUUUGGAGCCGUCGGAGGAGACUUGCUAUCCGAUCGCCUCGAAAUCCGGUGAUAUAGACUACGAUCGCCCAAGCUACACAUCAUGCUCUGAACCAUCGGCUUACGGUGAUGAAGCUCUUGAGAAUGAAUACAAGAGCUAUGCUCGUCCCAAGCCUCGUCCGGUCCUUGGUUACGCCGGACCACCUCCUGGCCAAGGAGGGUUCGGAGGCAGUGGUGAUGGUGGUGAGUAUGGGUAUCAGCCGAAGCCGCCGUCGAGUUUUGGUGGGGAGGGUGAGUAUGGAUCUGGGCAUGGGCGGAAGCCUGAUUACGAGGAACCCAGUUCGGAGUACGGAUCCGGGUACGGUCGGAAGCCUGAAUGCGAACAGCCUAGCUCGGAAUAUGGAUCUGGCUACGGUCGGAAGCCUGAAUACGAACAGCCUAGCUCGGAAUAUGGAUCUGGGUACGGUCGGAAGCCUGAAUACGAACAGCCUGGCUCGGAAUAUGGAUCUGGGUACGGUCGGAAGCCUGAAUACGAACAGCCUAGCACGGAAUAUGGAUCUGGGUACGGUCGGAAGCCUGAAUACGAGCAACCUAGUUCGGAGUAUGGAUCUGCGUAUGGUCGGAGGCCCGAGUUCGAGCAGCCCAGUUCGGAGUAUGGAUCUGGGUAUGGUCGGAGGCCUGAGUACGAAGCACCGAGUUCUGAAUAUGGAUCUGGGUACGGUCGGAAACCUAGCUUCGGAGAGGAACAAGGUGGUGGGUAUGGUUAUGGUGGGGAAGGGUCCCCCAGGAAGCCACAGUAUGGGAGGCCGAGCUACGAGAGUCCGGAGGUGGAGGAGCCACCGAGGAGGCCUAGUUAUGGGAGGCCAAGUAAUGAGGGGCAAGAAGAGGAGGGCUACGAGAAGCCGGCUUAUGAGAGGCGCGAUGAUGAUGAUGAGCCUCGCAAGUACGGUUAUGGUGAAGAGGGCUAUGGCCGCAAAAAAUACGGAGAUGACAACUCCGAUGAUGAUGAGGAAAGAAGUAGGAAGCAUCACCACCAUCACCACCACCGCGAGAGCUAUGAUGAUGAGUGAGCAUAAUGUGGUGGUUCUCCUUAUGAAUGAGGUCUCAGCCAUAGCUUGCUACUAAAUAAAGGGUUGGGGCAUGUGUUUGUUUGCCUGGUGUUCUGUUGCUUUGUGUUGACAUUAUUGGCUAUAUGAAACUUAGUAUGCGUGCAAGUGUUGGUGCUUUUUAUUAAUAAAAUCCUGCACAUAUGGGAUGCUGGUUCUAGUUUAUAAAAAUUUUGCAUGUGUCAGGUUGGUUUGGCCUGUGUUAUCAA